AUGCAGCCCCCUCGCUGCUGCCUCCUCCUCGUCCUUCUCUACCUCUUCCUCCUCUCUGGGACAUGGGCAGCUCUGGAGGGGACCUUCACUAUCCGGCUGCUUCACACCUCUACCUUCCAAAACACCUCCUUUGUGGACACGGAGGGGCUGGGCCUGCUGGAGGACAUCGAACUCGGUUCUCUUGAUAAGCACACCUGGUCCAUCCACUUCUGCCAGCCCUGGGUGCGUCCAGCCCUGCCCCAAAGGGUGUGGGACAACAUUGACAACAUAUUCAGGAUCUAUUUGUAUCGGUUCAUCCGCGUGAUCAAUGAAGGGGCCAUACAGAAGGAUGUGCCCUACCCCUUUGUGGCUCAGAGCAUGGCAGGCUGCAAGCUCUACCCCAACAGGACCUCUCAGGUCUUCUUCUAUUUGGGCUACAAUGGGCAGGACUUCCUCAGCUGGGAUGCAGACAAUGCCACCUGGACCCUCUCCCAGGACACCGACCUGGCACGGUACGCCAGGGCUGUCCUCCAGAACAACACCAUCCUCGGUGAGGCGGUGAAGGGCAUCUUCAAAGAUACCUGCAUCAAUGCCGUGGAGAUGUUCCUGAGUUACGGGAGGGCAGCUCUGGAGAGACAAGGUGAGACCACCCUGACCCUGCCACAGCCACCCCAAAGCCCUGGGGCCAAGCCGUGCCCAACCAGGGCUUCCCCCACCCCUUUGCUCCCACCCCCCAGAGCUGCCCGUGGCCACG